AUGGCGGAAGAUACUCUUAGCUGGUCCUCUCGGCUGCUUGUUGCAUCGCCAGAGCGGGCACCUCGACUCACCGGUGAUAAAAUCACUCUACCGCAAUCUGCGCUCGAACAACUUCUCGCUGCCGCUCCGCUCCAAGUUGUUCCGUCCGGGAAUUCACGUGUGCUCACGUCGUCAUUCGACCCAUUCAAUCCACACACAUUUGCCGUUGAAUCGCGCGCGCGUCAAGAAAUCGAACAACGUCAGCAGCAGCUACCCCAUCCGUUAAUCUUCCGUAUCGUCAAUCCUCAAAAUGGUCGGUUCAUCUAUGCAGGCAUCCGGGAGUUCUCUGCCGAAGAGAAUGAAGUCGCCCUAAGUGCAUUCCUCAGAGAUGCUCUUGAGAUCAAGGAUGAAGAGUUUCGGGUUGAAAAUGGGGAGAUACACGAACCAGUGUCUUCACAUACUGUGACCGAACCUUCACCACGGACUGGCCCCGCGGUUACAGUACAUGCAAAGCAACUACCGAAAGGCACGUAUGUUCGCCUCCGCCCGCUGGAAUCUGGAUAUGACCCAGAAGACUGGAAGGCCCUGCUAGAGCGAUACUUGCGGGAUAACUUCACGACCCUUACAACGGGUGAGCUUCUGACUGUGCCGGGCACCCGGAGUGAGUCAUUCAGAUUUCUGGUAGACAAAGUAUUGCCCGAAGGCGAAGGAAUUUGCGUGGUGGAUACAGAUCUUGAAGUUGACAUCGUAGCAUUGUCAGAGGAGCAAGCCCGUGAAACGCUGCAGAAAAGAUUAGAAAAAGCUUCACGUGCGCCGGGUAGGACUGGUGGCAGUUCAAUCGGUGGCAUCCUUAAUGUUGGAGAAGAUGCCCUUGCGCAGGUUUUGCCUGGGGAAUAUGUGGAUUAUGAGCUUCGAGAUUGGGAUCGUCAUGAUACUCUCCAGAUCGAGCUCAUUGCGGACAGUCCGGAGGUGUAUCUUUUUGUUAGUCCCUUUUCUAACCGCCAAAGAAGUCGUCCAAGAACAGACAUGCAUGUCCUAGGAGAUUUUUCAGGUCAUUCGCCCAAAAAGUUCGACCUCCAGCCAUCGAAUGUGGUUUUGGAAGGCGCCGAAGCUCUCUAUAUAUCGGUUCAUGCCAACUCCACAAGCAGUGAAUCAAAUGACAUACAACAGCGCUUGCCAUCACAAUACAAGCUACGUGUCACAGUGAAUCCAGUGAAUCGAUCGGGUAAUCAUGAUGGGAUGGAAGAGUCCCAUGAGCCCGGUGAUGUGCAGUGCAAGAACUGCCAACAAUGGGUCCCUGAACGGACACUUGUUCUCCAUGAGAACUUCUGUCUCCGCAAUAAUAUAUUCUGUUCGCAAUGUGGUACCGUUUUCCAAAAACGAUCUUCAGAAUGGCAAGGCCACUGGCAUUGUUCACACGACCACAGCCAUGGCAACGAUGCCUCGAGCAAAGAAAAACAUGACGCCGUAUUUCACCAAACACAUCAUUGUGCCGAUUGCGCUGCAGAAUUCGAAGGACUUCCUGCUCUUGCACAACAUCGUACGACAGAUUGCCCGUGGAAAUUGAUUUUGUGUCAAUUUUGCCAUCUUGUUGUACCACAGAAAGGGGAAUCCGACCCCGAUUUUCGUAAUCCCGAAGUGAUGCUCUCUGGUCUCACUCCACACGAACUGGUUGAUGGAGCGCGGACAACCGAAUGUCACCUCUGUAAUAAGAUCACUCGACUGCGGGAUAUGAACACCCAUCUUCGUCACCAUGACCUAGAGCGCCUAUCACGACCCGCACCUCGUAUAUGCAUGAACAGAAAUUGCGGCCGGACAUUGACUAAAGCUGGGAAUGAGUCUGUCGGUCUCUGCAGUUUUUGCUUUGGACCACUGUAUGUGGACACACAUGACCCAGAAGGCAAAGCACUGCGACGUCGAAUUGAACGCCGCUAUCUCUCCCAAAUGAUGACUGGAUGUGGCAAGCCGUGGUGUCAAAAUGAGUACUGCAAAACAGCAAAACAGAAAGGGUCAAAUGAGUCCGAUCCUCAUAUCCCAUUGAAUGUUGCAGAAGUAAUGAACUUGACACGCCCACUUGUGGAGGGUCUCAAUACCCAGCCAACCGCGCCAAAUACAGCGGCUUUAUAUCUCUGUGCUGAUGAGACGAGCCAACACCGUCGCAGUCUCGCAGAGUUGAUUGCAGGAGAGAGCGCCGAAGAGAACAACAAAGCGUAUGAUCUACCAUGGUGUAUUGCGGGCGUCGAAGCCACUGGUGGAGACUUGGAGAAGGCAAGGGACUGGCUGUCCAAAUGGGCGCCGACUCAAAGCGCAUCGGCUGCAUGA